UUAACAUUUACUGUGGUAGAGAAUGAGGGAGGCGAGAAAACGUACAGCAAAAAUCUGAAAGGGCUUCAAAGUCUUUGUGGAGGGAUAAUAGAGUGGUUUAAACAGAAGAAAACCAGAGAGUUUUAUAAGGGAAAGGAAAAUCUAUUGUGAAUCCUGGUCAGCAGCACAGAGCUCGUCAUGGCCACUUUAAAGGAGAAAAGGACCUGUGGGCAGCGAUGUGAAGACUUUGGCCGUUUCGUCUGGAACUCAGAUGAUGGGACAUGUAUGGGGAGGACACCUGAGAAAUGGGUCUACAUCAGCCUGUACUAUGUGGCCUUCUAUGUGGUAAUGACGUCCCUCUUUUCUCUGGCCAUCUAUGUGCUCAUGUAUACAUUGGAUCCAUACAGGCCAGACUACCAAGACCGGCUAAAAUCACCAGGAGUGAUGGUGUGGCCAGACACUUAUGGAGAAGAGGACAUUGAAAUAUUCUACAACACAUCAGACAAGGCCAGCUGGAUGAAGAUGUCCAACAUCCUUCACAAGUUCCUCAUUCCCUACAAUGACACACAUCAGCAUGGAUGUAACAACUUCAACUGCACUCAGGGAAUGUACUUCAUCCAGAACAGCUUCUCUGGCCCUGACCACACAAAGUGGGCCUGUCCCUUCAUGCAAAGCAUGCUGGGAAACUGCUCAGGACUUGGGGACCCAACCUUUGGCUACAACAGCACUAUGCCUUGUGUCAUCAUUAAGAUGAACAGAAUCAUUGACUUUUUACCAUCUAAUCACAGUGACCGUCCUCCAUAUGUCAACUGCACCAUACUGGAUGGAAAAGACAAUGUGGACAAAAUUGAGUACUUCCCUGACAGAGGAAUUAUGGAUAUGUCUUACUUUCCUUAUUAUGGAAAACAAGCACAGCCUACUUAUGUCAACCCUCUGGUGGCUGUUCGCUUCAGCCUGGUCAGAGAGAAACAAGCCAAGAUCCAGUGCCAAGUUGUGUCCGACAAGAUCAGCUACCAAAACGUCCAUGACCCCUACGAGGGCAAGGUCAUCUUCUACCUCAAAGCAGUGAAAUGAAAAAAGAGAGAGACAUCCUCUGAUCAUGUCAUGUGUCAAAGGAAGAGCAUACAUCCAACCUUAACCCACAUACUGUAUAUGGGCCCAAAUAAAUC